CAGGCGCUUGAGAUGCGCUUUUACGUUCCUCCGAUGCGGGCGAUGCUAACCCAAUGCUCAACGUAAUAACACACAAAGUUACACUUCCUGGACCCGAGUGGAUAUAAAAAGAAAGAGCCAGUGGCAGCGGGACCUAUCCCUGGAGUACGCCAACCCAAAAAGCAUUCCGAGCACUGAUGUAGCCCAGCCCCAACGGACAGGCUGCCACUUCCUCCACCUCCUACCUCCUCAGCGUCUAACCCCCCCCCCCUUCCUCAGCUCCCUGUCCCCCCCCCUAACCCCCACUGUCGGGGUUCACUCCUGACGACUAACCCGGAGAGCGCCGUCUCCCCCAGAGUUCUCCCUGAGCCGGUGACAACACAAGGAGGCCACAGGGAUACAGCACUGCCACGGUGGACCUCCGGUUUCCUGUCCUCUUCACGCAGGGAGCAGUGCCUUUCUGUUGGGUCUCCCUGCGCCGUCGAGGAGCGACCACCUCCCCUCACAACGGGCCACGGCGUUGAGGUCUCCGCACCUCCCCUCCCCGCCACACCCUCCCGGUUGGCGUCUGCCUCCGUUUUUUUUACUUUUAUUUGAGAUCCUCGCCGUCGUCGCGUCUGAGUCCGGUUCGCGCCGGGCCGCAGGACUUUACGAAACUGGGGCGCGACUCAUGGGAUGCGACCAUGUCCGACCUGGGUGAGCGCAGGGCGGUCAACACAGACUACGCCGUCUCCCUGCUGGAGCAGCUCAAGUUCUUCUACGAGCAGAAGCUGCUGACGGACGUGGUGCUGCUGGUGGAGGAGUCCGAGUUCCCCUGUCACAAGAUGGUCCUGGCCACCUGUAGCUCCUAUUUCAGGGCGAUGUUUAUGAGCGGCCUGAGCGAGAGCAAGCAGACACAUGUGCACCUGCGCAACGUGGACCCCACCACGCUGCAGGUGAUCAUCACCUACGCCUACACGGGCAACCUGGCCAUCAACGACAGCACGGUGGAGCCCCUCUACGAGACGGCCUGCUUCCUCCAGGUGGAGGACGUGCUGCUGCAGUGCCGCGACUACCUGGUGAAGAAGAUCAACGCGGAGAACUGCGUGCGCAUGCUGAGUAUCGGCGACCUCUUCAGCUGCAGCGAGCUCAAGCAGAGCGCCAAGCGCAUGGUGGAGCACAAGUUCCCCACAGUGUACCGCCAGCAGGCCUUCCUGCAGCUGUCCCACGAGCUGCUCGUGGACGUGCUGAGCAGCGACAACCUCAACGUGGAGAAGGAGGAGACGGUGCGCGAGGCCGCCAUGCUGUGGCUGGAGUACAACAUGGAGGCGCGCUCGCAGCACCUCUCGUCGGUGCUCAGCCAGAUCCGCAUCGACGCGCUGUCGGAGGUGACGCAGCGCGCGUGGUUCCAGGGCCUGCCGCCCAACGACAAGUCGGUGGUGGUGCAGGGCCUCUACAAGUCCAUGCCCAAGUUCUUCAAGCCGAGGCUGGGCAUGACCAAGGAGGAGAUGCUCAUCUUCAUGGAGGCCAUGUGGGUGGCCGAGGGCAUCCACCUGAUGGCGCAGGUGUCGUACCGCGCCGUGUGCUACAGCCCGCAGGCGGAGAAGCUGUACCGGCUGAGCGACCCCCCCGGCGACCUCCAGAAGGUGGGCACGCUGGUGUCGCCCGACAACGACGUGUUCAUCGCCGGCGGGCAGCUGACGCUGAAGAACUCUGUGGGCAAGGCGGGCAAGCUGCAGACGGUGUACCGGUCCGUGGACAGCUUCUACUGGCUGGACGCGCAGCAGAACGCCUGGGUGGCCAAGACGCCCAUGCUGUGCGCGCGCAUCCGCCCGUCGCUGGUGUGGUGCGAGGGCUACAUCUACGCCAUCGGCGGCGACAACGUGGGCGGGGAGCUGAACAAGCGCACGGUGGAGCGCUACGACUGCGAGAAGGACGAGUGGAGCAUGACCAGCCCGCUGCCCUGCGCCUGGAACUGGAGCACGGCGGUGGUGGCGCACGACUGCAUCUACGUCAUGACCCACGACCUCAUGUACUGCUACUUCCCGCGCGCCGACACCUGGGUGGAGAUGGCCAUGCGACGCACCAGCCGCUGCUUCGCCUCGGCCGCCGCCUUCGGCGACCUCAUCUUCUACAUCGGCGGGCUGCACGUGGUCAGCAACACGGGCGUGCGGCUGCCCACCAGCACCAUCGAUGGCUCGUCGGUCACCGUGGAGAUCUACGACGUCAACAAGAACGAGUGGCGCCUGGCCGCCAACAUCCCCGCCAAGCGGUACUCGGACCCCUGCGUGCGCGCCGUGGUGCUGCUCAACGCGCUCUGCAUCUUCAUGCGCGAGACGCACAUGAACGAGCGCGCCAAGUACGCCAUCUACCAGUACGACGCCGAGACGGACCGCUGGUUCCUGCGGCAGCCCGUGUCGGAGCGCUCGCUCUGGGACAUGGGCAAGGACUUCCGCUGCGCCGUGGGCAAGCUGUACCCCUCCUGCCUGGAGGAGUCCCCGUGGAAGCCGCCCACCUACCUCUUCGCCCCCGACGGCGCCGAGGAGUUUGAAGUAGACGGGGAGAUGGUGCCCCUUCCCCAUGUAUAGCUCUUAGCCCCCCCCCAGACGCCACCGAGGCUGCACCACCCCCCCCAUCCCCAAACUCGCUUACGCGCUGAAGAGCUGUGGGUGGGGCUGGGUGGCUGGGAGGAGUGGAAUUUGGGGGCGGGUGCAGUGGAAUUUGGGGGCGGGAUUACUGCCCUGCAGAACUGAAAUGGUUUGACAUGUGUUUUUCCGAAGGGAUGGUAAUUCCUUGACCUCCCCGACGGUGUUGAAUCUAACCUCGGCUGAUGCUGAUUGGUCGAAGCGCAGCGGCGAGAGGCCUCUUCUCCCCCCUCAACCCCCCUCCCCCUCCUCAAAAUAAGUAAUGUAAAAUCAUUUUUUUAUUUUUUAUUAUUUUGUUAUUUUAUUGCAAUCUGUUAUACUGUUUCUACAAUGUGAUAAUCUAAACGGUAACUGAACUUUGUGAUGAUGAUGAUGAUGGUAAUGUUUAUGAUGAGGAUGACGAUGCACUUACAAGUAAACCUCCUUGGAAUGACAAUGGCAACUGUACCAAA